CUGACCUUAAAUUUUUGCCAAUGACAGCAUGAGUAGUGCGAGUUUGACAGUUUAAAUAAGAAUAGUUCUUGAAACGAAUGCAAAUUUGUUUCUUUUAAAGUAGAGUCAGUUUAAGUGUGUGAUACGCAAAGUGCGGUCAUCAUGACAUCGGCAUCCGCAGUCCGAAGUGUACUUGUAAACACGUGGAUCGUCUAAAGUAACAAAUAAAAAAAACCGCAAGAUGCAUCUGACCCAGUGUUUGGACGAGGCAAAUAGUCAAUCUUUGCUAUGGAAGCAGAUUCUUUCAGCAGUGUUUUAUGGCGUGGCUUCUUUCAUGAUUACUGUGAUCAACAAAACGGUGCUCACGACUUAUCAGUUUCCGUCGUUUCAAGUACUAGGUCUUGGACAAAUGGUUGCCACAAUUGUUGUGUUGUUUGUGGCUAAAAAGCUAAGGUUUGUGAAUUUUCCAAGUUUCGAAUUGAACACUUUCGGGAAGAUAUUUCCACUACCAUUGAUCUACAUUGGAAAUAUGCUCUUCGGACUUGGAGGGACUAAAGAACUCAGUCUUCCUAUGUUCACGGCGUUAAGAAGAUUUUCAAUUUUGAUGACAAUGAUACUAGAAUUGUAUAUUCUAGGUGUUAAACCAAGUUUUAGUGUACAGUUUAGUGUAUACACUAUGAUAAUAGGCGCCGUUGUUGCCGCCAGUAAUGAUAUAGCCUUUAAUUUACAAGGCUACAUUUUUGUAUUAUUGAAUGAUCUCUUCACUGCCACAAAUGGUGUUUAUAUGAAGAAGAAGUUAGAUUCCAAAGAAUUAGGAAAAUAUGGACUCAUGUUCUACAAUUCACUGUUUAUGAUCGUACCAGCAACUUUCUUCGCUUUCUACACAGGUGACUUAGACAUGGCAUAUAAUUACAAAUAUUGGGAUGACAUGAUCUUCCUUGCUCAGUUCCUUCUAUCGUGUGUUAUGGGAUUUGUGUUAUCAUACAGUGUUGUGUUGUGUACAUUUUACAAUUCAGCAUUGACCACGACCAUCAUAGGGUGUUUGAAAAAUAUUUGUGUUACUUAUUUAGGGAUGGUCAUAGGAGGUGAUUAUAUCUUUUCAUGGGUUAAUUUUAUUGGUAUUAAUAUUAGUGUAAUAGGAAGUUUAAUUUACACUUAUGUUACCUUUAAAAGAAAAGAUUCCACCCCUGCUUAUGUGCCACUUGCCACUGAGAAAUCGUCUAAACUUGAGAAUGUUGUAUAGUACAAGAUUUAUUAGCUAAUGUUAGAAGAAUAUUUUUUCAAUUGCAGGGUUUAUCUGGCUAGGUGGUCAAAGUUCAAAAAUUUAAUCCAUGUAAGCGUUGAAAUCUAUUUUGAUUUUGGCCACUUAUGUAGACAUAAUUUUAGAGGAUUAAGUCAGUGAUUUUGUUUUAUUGCAAAUAUUUAUUUAUUUGAGAUUUCUAAAGAAUUUGAAGACUAGUGCAAUGCAUUUGACUUUGUCAAAUAUUUAUUAUUUUCACGAACUUUUCGAUAAAUACUGUCAGCGCCAUUAGCAAACUAUUGAUAGGAAAAUUAGGAGUUUUUUGAGUGCCUGUCUGCAUAAUUUAAAUAGUGGACAUUAGUUAGUUUAACCGCCAAGAUCUAAAAUCUUCAUAGUUCUAUUUCACUAGUUAAUUUUAUGCAUUAUUUAUUGCAGACUAUACAUGCAUUAACACAGAAACUAGGUAAAUAAAUGAUUAUUAUUUAAUUUAUUAUUAAUUACUUUAUAUAUUUUUUUUUCUGCUCAAUAUACAUGAAAUUAUACUCAUCUGUUUAUAUAGUGCCAUUUACAUUAAGUACUGAUUAGUCAAAAGAACUUAAAUAUUUUCGUUAAUCUAGGCGUCGACUUUAACACGUAUGUGUUACUAUCAAAUUAAUUUGUGCAUUUUUACGUAUAUAUUUUAUUGCUUUCUGUCUCAGAUUCGAGUUUAACAUUCAAAUAGAAUUUUGACAUUUGUUGCAUAAUGUUUGUCAUUUUUUAUGUCAUACAAUGAAGGCUGGCAACUCACAUGUUUUAUUUUGUGCUGUUAUACAAAGUAAAAACGGACUUAAGGAAUAGAUUCGAUAACACUAAAAUUCAACCAAAAUUCAUCAAGAAGAAGGAGUUUACUAAGUUGGACUUGCUGUCACUUUGUUUGUGACACGUGACUAUUGUAAUAUACACUUUUCACAAAUGUGACAACGAAUUACAUGAAAUUUCCGGUUAGCGUAUUAAUGUUUAUGGUUAACUAAUGACUGACUAACUGAAUUUUAUGUCCCUGUGAAGAUAAUAAUCUAUCGUGUGCAAUAAAUGUGGUUUCGUAUGAUUUUCUGAUAAUAAAGAUUAGAAACGUGCAUUUUCACUUCAGAUGAUUACAAAAGUUGCAUUUUGUAGACCAGUGUAAUCGACGAUAUUUUACAAAGAUGUCGGAAUUAUUUCCUAUUUAUUCUUUAAUGGCGGUGCUUGUUUAUAACCUCAAAAAGAACAAAUUGUAAUUAUUUAAUUUAAUUAAUUUAAUAAUCCUUCGGGCAUGUGCAAUUGUAUACAAAUAAUUUCUCAUCAAUUUAGCAUUGUAAACUUAAAAUUACACGAAUUUGCCGCUCAUUCUGACAGUAACAUGUUAUCAUAAACCACCAUAUGUAACGUCAGUUUGACAGUUUCAUUAAAUCCCUGUUUCAAUAAGGCAGCUUUGUAUAUACUGUGUAUUUUUUUAAAUAACUGUCAGAAAAACUUUCAUUGUUUUCCCAGUGGUUCAGUGCACCCUAUAUUUCUAUGAACACAAGGAAUGUUUCCUUCUAAUCUUACAUUUAUGAAUAAAUUCCAGAAACGUUAGGAGCUUGAUUUAAAAAUAACUACUCUUAUUUUCUCGCAGUCUAAAGUAUUUAGUUAGUCUAUGUAAAGAUGUAGAUGUCUGGUUAAAUAUUAUAGAUAAGACAAAAAAGUGUAAUAUAGCAGCUAAAAUCAUUGCAAUCAGCUGUAAUCAAAGAAACAUUCAUUUUGGUUCACUAAAGUAUUAUUUUUUUCACUAGCUAUGUAUCUUUCAAUUAAAGGGUAGAGGAUUUUUCAAAAAAAACCAUCAUUAACUAUUAUAAAUUUUUAUAUAAUAAGAUUCUUAAUGGUCAAAAAAUUAUACUACAUUUUUACAUUUUGAAAGAUACUCCUUUUUUUACCCGUAUACCACAAUAGAUUGCUGAUCUUAGAAAAAGUAGUGAUAGAAAUUAUACGGAAGAGAAUUAUACUGAAAGAGAAACAUAAUAAGUAACCUUUGAUUUAUCUGUUUUUGAAAGUAAUAUUGAAUUUUGUAAGAAACGAAAACUGGGAUGCAGCUGAUUAUUUACGUGCAGAUAUUCUUGAACAUCUGUGACCUCUUUCCCCUUCACGUCAAUGUCGGUGAUUGUUUUGAGAUGCAUACUGUGUGGAUAUUUUUGUUUAUAAUUUUCUUGCCAUGUUCUCUCGGAAUCUGAAAAUGGUCAAAUGACACUCCACUGUUCGAAUGUCAUUUUUCUAAAAAUCAAACCUCGAAUUGUUCUGUUUAAUUUUUUGGUGAAAUUUACAAACUCGCAACUUUUAAUUUAAAUUAAACAAACGACUAAAUCUUGACAAAGGUCAUGCGUUUCGCUAACAAGGUUCGCGUCAUCAAGAUAACUGCGUCGAGAUCAUUUAAUGUUGUGAAUAUGUAAAGGAAUAUUUAAUGAUGUAUCCAUUAGUUUUAAUCUGAGCUAAGUGUGAGUUGCUAGUCUCCAUUCUAGAAGUAAACAUGUUUGUUACACAAGACUUGAUUAUUUUCAUUAUUACUACCAAAGUGUGUGGUCACCGGAAUAAGCUGUACCAAAAUUGUAUAUACCAAAUCAUUAUAAUAAUAAUACUUUAUUCCCAACAGGUAAUAAUACCUGUUGGGAAUAAAUGUCUUUACAAUAUCAAUAAUCCUGUGAUUUUAAUGUUGAUAAUAAAUAGAUAUAAUUUU